AUGUCUGUGGUUGGUUCUCUUAUAUUUUGUCUAGAUUGCGGUAACCUAUUAGAUAACCCAAGUACUGUACAAACCGCUAACGUUGAAUGUUCACAAUGCCAAGCUACAUAUCCAAAAGCGGAGUUCUCUAAUUUGAAGGUUAUUACCACUACUGCAGAGGAUGCUUUUCCAUCUACCCUAAGAUCAAAAAGAUCUGUUGUUAAGACUACAUUGAAGAAAGAUGAAUUAACCGAAGGUGCUAUUAUAAACGAAAAAUGUCCAAAAUGUGGUAAUGAAGAAAUGCACUAUCAUACUUUACAAUUAAGAUCCGCUGAUGAAGGUGCUACUGUUUUCUACACAUGUACAUCUUGUGGUUACAAAUUUAGAACAAAUAAUUGA